UAGAGUUGGACAUGUUGAUGAGUUUACGUAAUAUAAAUAUUAAUAGUAAUUUAAUGUUCUUGUUUUAUAGUUGUUUCUUUUAACAAAUUUCGAAAAUGAAUUAUACCUUUACUUUUAAUUUCUCCAUAUUGCUUUCAGCUGUAUUGUUUCUGACAGUCUGCAGUUGUUUAGACAAUAGUAACACUGAUAUAGAUUACGUGGUACGAGAACUUAAAGAAGGAAAGUCUCUAAAAGGCCCCAUAAACGAGCUGGAUGUUUAUUGUUAUCCUGCGGGAAGUAGGCUUUUGUAUGCUCUUUGGAAAAGUGUUUAUGUCGAGUUAAAAGUCAUCCCGGAUAACUAUUUACUUUUGCUAGCCGAGAACCAGAGUGAGGUGGUUAGAUUGUACAAAGAACAGCGGGGCAGUUGGCUACCUCUGUUACCAUGGCGACAAACUUUUAUCACUUUGCCUGCUUUCGAUUCUUACUGUUUUGGUAUAGCUACUAAAGACGAAUACGAACUCCAACUAUUUGUUCGAUAUGUGAAUUACUGGAGGGUUCUGCAGUUAGUAGGUGGACUGUUUGUCUUCUUCUCUGCACCAUCAUUCAGCAGGAAUGUAUUUUUCUUCUACGCAACAGGAGUGUCUUUUGGGGUCGUUGCUUCUCUUCUAAUUAUCGUUUUUGUUCUGAGCCGAUUUGUACCAAAGAAAGCUGGAGCCUAUACUGUCAUGCUUUUCGGAUGGUCCCUCGUACUCUAUAGUCUACAACUGGUCUGGGAUAACAUUCGUGACAUCACUCAGAAGUACCACGUUUUCUUGUUGGGUUACGUUACAGUUGCUAGUCUGAUUAGUUUUGCUGCCUGCUACAGGUACGGACCAGUGACUGAUUACAGGAGUUUAAACCUCAUUCAGUGGACGAUACAGUUGGUAGCUCUGAUGUCCAUCUUCUAUAGUUCUGAGCUAAGAGAAGCAAGCACGGCUAUUAUUAUUGUUGUUCUUGUUUUCUACAACAUUCCAAAAUCAUGGAUAGCCAAGCUAAAACGAUUUGGUUGGCGGCAUAAGUUUCCUCCCAAAGUGAAAUUAUUAACUGAAGCUGAAUACAUUCAACAAGCCAAUGAAGAGACACGGAAGGCUUUAGAAGCAUUACGUGCUUACUGUGAAAGUCCCAAUUGUAGUGCUUGGAAAUUAACCUGCAGACUGAAGGAUCCUGUCAGAUUUGCAAGAUUUAUUGAGGGCGAAUCUCAUCUAAGUGAUCAAGAAAUUUUGGAAUACGAUUCGGAUUCUUUUUAUGCUGGUCUCUCGGGAAUGAUCACUGAAGAUGAAGACAGCGAAGAAGAGCUUGUUUCAUAUUCUCCUAAUUGAUGACAUUUUAUUUAUCAUCAUUUGAUCAAAUUCUGGGAAUGUUGAAGUGAUGUAAAGUACAAUCAUUGAAAUGAAAAUAGAGAUCGUAGCAGUGACUUGAGCAAUUUUUUAACAAAGCAGUACUUUUACUAACCGGAUGUACUUACUUGGCUGAUCAAAAUAUGAACAUUUAAAUACUUUUCUUGAUGAUGAUUCUGCUGUAAUGCUUGUAACUUCAUAAUAUAUACAACUUUUAUUCAAUGAACAUAUGGAGAGACUCGUUUUAGCAAGAAUAGUAUGCUGUUUCUGUAUAUAAAGUAACUUUUCUUUUGUGCCAUUGAAUGUUUAUCAUAGAAGUCCUUCAACAUUCAUAGAGGCAUUCACAUUUUUUGGGCUUUGAUGAAAUGUUUUUGUUUGUUUUCUAUGUGCUUCUUCAUUUCUAUAAUUACUUGUAAUCCUUAAUUAAUUUCGAAUUUUUUUAUACAAGGUUGGUAAUAUUAUUCUAUCAUGCUUUUGUUUGUACUAGAACAUAGAAGUGCAUGAGGUUUACUGUGAAGUUUACCCAAAAUUAUUCAUUAAAAAAAUAAAAUGCCAUUAAUCAAAAAGUAGGAAAGUAAAGAUGCCAAAACUUUGUAUAAUUGUAACUAAUAGAUUUGAGGUUCUUGUCAGUCUAGCCAACGAUAACUAAAUGUCCAAAGAGGAGAAAUCAAGAUGUGUGAAAUACACCAUGCCAAGUUUGAAAAUUUAUGCGAGUGUUCUAUCACUAUGACCUCUGCCUUAGUUGCAAUGGUGGCCACAUGGAGGUGUGACUGUUUGUACGACAACUUGACAUUGUU